AUGUUUGCAAAAAUUAUAUUCAAACUUAAAACUCUAAAUUUAUUUUGUUCAUCUUCAACAGAAACAAACGAAUAUCAAUUGCGAAAUGAAAUAAUUUCCACUCGUUUAUUUCUUCUAAUUUUAAUUACUACUAUACUUAUCCUUUUUAUUUAUACAGCUCAAGUUAAAAUAAAUGAAAUUAUUGAAGUAAAAUAUCCAUCAUUAGUCGAUCUUCAAUAUCUUUCACAUAAUUAUUCUGAAACAUUUCAAUGUUCAUGUGAUAAUCCUAAUAUUCUUCAUGAAUCUUUUAUUAUUAUUGAACCUCAAUAUCAUCAAUUAUGUUCAUCAAAAUUAAUUCAACAAGAAUGGAUCAAUGAAAUUAGUUUAUCAUCAGGUAAAUACUUGUCUGAUGAUUUUAGUUAUACUGGUAGUCUUAUCUUUCUUACUCUGGCUUCAUUUUGUCGAUCUGCAACUAGUUCAUUAACAAAUGCAUUACAAACAUUUGAAAAAACUCGAUUUCCUACACGACAAAUUCUUCAAGAAAACAUCUUCAUUGAUCAAAUACAUACAAUAAUUGAAAAUUUUCAAUUGUCAUCUAUACUUAAUUUUUAUCAAUCGUUUGAUCUCAUUAAAUUUUCUACUCAAAUGAAUUUAUUUUUAUCGGAUUUAUUUAGUAAUGCAAUCCUUUCGGUUGAUAAUGAAACAUUUUUUGUAUCGAGUGUACCACAAUUAUAUGAAAAUAAUACUUGUAGUUGUGAUAUUACGUCAUCUUGUAUUGAUCCAUUAACUGUUCAAGAUCAUCGAAUAAACGAAAAUAAUUCAUUAUCCUAUAUGAUAAUACCAGGUUUAUAUAAAGGAUGUUUCUUAGUAGAAGCUGUUCGACAAUCUUCACUGGAAUGUUUUUAUCAAUCAUCUUGUAUUUUAUCGAUCAAAGAAUAUCUUCAACUUCCUCUUACUUUUAACAAUUCAGAUAUACUUCUAAAUUCAUCGAUUAUUAGUAGAUUUAAUAUUUCAUCAACUAUUGAUCAACUUCUUAUCAAAGCAAUGACUGAAGAUUGGCACCAAAAUGUGUCAUUUGCUAAAUAUUUUCAACAAUGUCAAGUAUCAUUAUGUACUUAUUCAGUAACGUCGCGAUUUAAUAUUCCUUAUAUAUUGACAACAUUGAUUGGCCUUGUAGGUGGACUACUGAAAUUUCUCUAUUUUCUCAUUCCUCUGUUAGUUAAAUUUAUUCGUUGUCGAAUCGUACCACCGUCCACAAGUAUAAAUCAUGCAGGUAGGUAA